AUGGAUACAACAUUCUAUUCAAUAUUUAGAGUAUUGACAAUUAGAUUAGUAAUAUUUAGAAAUGUUACGGUUAUACAUCAAAGGAUUAAAGAUGCACAUGCUGAUGACAAGACUAUAGGACUGAGAUUGAGUAGUCCAAAAGUUAAAGUAAAUAAUGAUUUGGAGAUUAGAAAGGGAAAAGAGUUCCACACCUAUAUCAAUCUAUACGAAUCGUUACGAUUUGGAAGAACAGACUUGUUUUUCAAAUACUACAACUCGAUGAUUGUAGACGGUGCUGAUCAAGAAUACCAAGACAAUCAAUUUAGAAAUGAUACAGAGUUGGCAAUCGUCGAAUCAAAAGACGGUAAUGGAAAAGUCAAGACCUACAGUAAAUUGGAUGAAACAAACGGUGACAUCCUACCAUACCCAGUCAAACCACUGACACUCAUUCAAAGAUCGAUGGUCUAUUUUACAGUGGCACUGUAUACCAAUAAUAUACCUCUAUUACAUUAUUUAAUCGAUAGACUUGGUCUGACGUCGAAUUACUGUCAACAUUGUCAAGAUCAUCAUAUGACUGGAUUGUCAAGAUGUGUUAGUCGCAAGGAUAGGGAUAAGGAUAUCCCAUGUCACAACCAUCAAAUGAUUACAUUCUUUAAUACUCACGAAGCACUUAGUUUAAUGCCGGGUCCACAAAAUGUGCAUGUCGAUACAGUUAAACUUCUUUUAGAAGAAUAUAAUCUAACUGCUAUUUUGGCAAUACAACCAUUGGUAUCGGCAGUUUUAAUCAAGUGUGUGGUUAAAUGUGAUGUUGAAGCAUUGCAAUUAGUCCAUACAAAGGUAUCAAACAAGCCUGCUGUGACGGCAGCAGAGUGGAAUGGAGAGAGUGACGGAAGUGAAUAUAGCGGACAUGGUAGCUCGUCUGCAUCUGACCAAUCAUCAUUCUACGGGUCACCUGCCAAGGGCGUGUUAAAGGCGUUUCAUUUGUUUCUCGAGAAACGACCUGCAUCCGAGAUACUACCCAUUCUCAAGUACUGGACAGAGAACCGUGUUGGCUCGGUCGAGUGGAGUCAGGUGUUUAGAAGUACGUGUAGUCAACGUGACCGCGAUGGAAACAACUAUGACUCGGUAUUUGACUAUAUGCACGAGGAAGGAGUGAUUACCAAGAUGAAAGCAACCUAUACCAUCCCGAGUGGAGUGUGUACACAGUCGAUGCAUAUCACCAAAAUGCUAUUCCAACAUUAUGGUCAAAUGAUGAAUCGGUACGCUACCAACUUGUACGCCGGUGCAGUCUCUAGUGGUAAUUGCGAGGUUGUCAAAUACAUCUAUGACAAUCACAACACCUACAAUCUACCUCCAACUCUUUUAAACGAUGCACUUGAAAGAGGUCAUGUUGCAAUGGCCUAUACCCUCAUACAUGAUAUUUGGCCAAUUAAAACUAUACUAGAUAGUAGUAGUGAUAGUAGUGAAAGUAGUAGUGAUGGUGGUAGUGAUGGUGAAAGUCUUACAGAACAUUCAAGCGAGGAGGAAGAGGAAGAAGAAGAAGAGGAGAGUGAAGGUAGUAAUAGUAGUCGUCAUAGUAUAACAAUCAAACAAUCAAGAAAAUACAUUAGCAACAAACAUCGUCGUCGAUCAAAAGCAAAAAAAGUACCCAAAGAAGAAGUAAUUGUUAAAUGGUCAGCCAAAACAAUUAAAUCAAAUAGUGUACAUUUACAAUUUGUCAAUUCAAUACUAGAACAACAUGAACGUGUAAAUUGUACAUUUGAAAAGGUGUAUGGCAAGGCAAUCAAAGCUAAACAAUUUGAUGUAGUUGCUAGAAUAGACCAGAUUAUGAGUCUGUGUCUAGCACCAUGGUAUCAAACCUUUAAAAUUGACUAUCACUAUGCAUUGGUACAAGCCGUCAAGAUUGGACACAUAGAAUUGGUAGAGACAAUCAUUACAAGUCAUCAUCCAAAGUUUAUCGUUUCACACAAUAAUUAUCGACUAUUUACAGAGACGGCGAUUGGUUUGGAAAUAUUUAGAAUCAUUGCAUCAAGAUCGAAUCCUGGUGAUUUGUUUGUUGAUUUUGGAAGUAAUAGUAAUUUUUGGUAUCAUCCAGAGAUUCCAAGAUUACUAUUCAAAUACAAACAUUAUCAAUCCUACCUAGAUGAACCAAAUCAAAUUAAAAGAAAACCAGUAAGAAGAGCACCUACAGACACUGAAAGCGAAAGCGAGAGUAGUUCAAGUGAAUCUACUAGCUCAAUGGAAGAUUCCUAUUCAUCGAGUUCACCACAAAGAAUUCCACCAAUGAUCAAACAAAGUAAAUUAUUUAAAAUUGCUAUCAUUGGUAAUGAUAUUGAAGCUGUUCAAUUAUUACAACCUACAAAUCAAUUUUUUGAUAUUAAUGAUAUUAUUGGAAUUGGAUGUGAAACUGGUAAUUUAGAAAUGAUAAAAUGUUUAAUUAAAUUGGGAUACCCAGUAACCAAAUUAGUUUCAUUGAUUGAUAGUUGUGGUGAAUGUAAAGAUCGUGACAAGGCAUUUGAAAUGGUUUAUUAUUUUAUCGAUCAUUUCAACUAUCGUUUGAAAAGGGAUGAUAUGUUGUCUGCUGUUACUCUAUUUUCAGAUCCACCAUUUGAACAACACACUAUUGGUUUAUCAAGUAUACUACAAAAAUCACAACAACAACAACAAGACGAUGUUACCUCUCCAUCUAAAAGAAAUUUUGGUGUAUUUAUAAAAUAUUUGAUUGCAAAGUUGGACAAGGAAUUCCAAGAUACUAAAUCAAAACCAUAUCAAGAACCAGUUGAUGAGUUUGCUCCUCUACCUCCUCCUUCUUCUUCUUCUCAUCAUCUUCCUCCACCACUACAAUUUAAAGUAAUGCCUAAAAAAGAAUAUAAUGCAUCAAAUUAUAUUCAAGAGUAUUUUACAGAAGCUGAUAUGGUAAAGAUACUACUAUCUCGUGCAUUUAAUCGUAAUAAUGCUCAUGUCAUUGAAUCAAUCAUUGAAAUCAUGAAUAUAGCAUGUCAAGAAAAAAUUGAUCAUCUCCAAGUAGUUAAAGAUUUGGAAAAGAGCUUGGAAAUUGGUAAAUCUAAAUCUUCAUCAUCACCAUCAAAAAAGAAAAAGGUUUAUUUAAAAUCAAACUAUAAACCACUUGUAAAAACUCUGGAAUGUCCUAAAAACUAUCAUUUCGAUGGAUAUCAUAAUCAUGGUCAAGAAUUAUUACCUUGUUUAGAUUUAUUUUAUUAUAAAUCACAUAUUAAUAUUCAAAAUAUUAUUAAAUAUAAUCAAAAUAAUAAUAUUAAAAAUAAUAAUAAUAAUAAUGAUCAAGAUAAACCAAUAAUAAUAUUUAAAACAAAACCAGUUAAUCCUUCAACUUAUAGAGAUAUGGUAUAUGCAGCUUAUAAAUAUGGUUUAAUAGAUUUCAUACAACAAAGACAAAGAUACAAAUCAGAAUAUCCAGAUACCUAUUUUGAUUUUAAAUAUGUUGCAAAGAAAACAGCUCAACCUGCAAUAUCAUCAAACAAAUCAAAAAAGAAAAAUUUAAUCACUCAAUAA